GAACGCUAGACAACUGCGGUAGUUUAACGACGAAAAACGGUUGCUACUUUCCUUUGCACAGUUAGAUGGCCUCAGGUUUAUUAUUGUGUGUAUGUGCGUGCGCUCACACAUCUCACGUGCUCUAGCUUAAUCCGGCAGAAGACAAACAGCUCACAUAAAUGAAGUAAGCCCAACGCAGUGUGUAAUAUAUAUAUAUGUAUUUGUUUGUAUCUGGAGGACGAGAUAAGAGCUUAUGCAUUUCUGGCUCAGAGACAACACAGCAACUCAGUACUGUGAAAUUUAUUGUUGCAGUUCACGAUCAGCCCUUGUUAUAUUAUAACAUUUAGUGAAGUCCAGGAAAAAAAAACACUUGGGGCAGCACCGUAUCAAUAGGAGAGUCAAUCUACCGUUCUGUUCACGUUCCUGACCGACGAGUUCUGACGAGAUGUCCUUGUCAAUGCAAGAUGGAGACUCGAACACCAGGAAUAGGGCGCAGUCUUUCUCUGCUGGCAAUCCAAAGAUGGCCGCCAACCAGAGUCGGUUGAGAAUGUCUUCCGGGGAAAACUCAAUUACAGAAGUUGAUCCCUCCAGAAAGACGCACAUUUUUGAGUCAUUUCGACCUCGCUCGAAAUCCGACAGUAGAAGGUAUCGGCCAACUUUAAACUCGACCGUGAGGACCUCUAACGGCAAUGGAAUAAACUCUCCAAAGUCAUCGGUCCACAGUUUGCCUCCUAUCUACCGCAGCCCCAACAGUGUCAACCAAGCUGAUUCCUUAGAUUACAAGCGCCCGAGAUCUGGAUCUGAGAGCAAAUCUGGGCCAGUAUCUAAAGUAAUGGGAUUGAUUCGCAAUAGAUCCAAUUCAGUGUCUGCUGACAUUGCAGUGAGAAGAUUUGGAGCGACCUCUGGUGCUCAACUUCCAGGAAGGCAGUUCCUGGAACCAGAGAAACGUCGACUGUCUAUUGGCCACAGGUCCUUUUUUGAUGGACACGACCAUCAUAGAGCUUUGAAUCAUCGGAAUGACUCCAGAGGGGUACGUAAAAAUCGAGACU